GGGGGUGUCAAAGCAAAAGGAUAAGAGACCUUUCCUCAAAUUUGCAUCAAGAUGGAAACCUUUUGCCUCAGGGUGUUGUUUGGGUUGGCGCUGGUUGGAUGUGUCGUCAGUGAUAAUCCUGAGAGCUACAGCACAAAUCUAAGCACCCGUGUGGACGAUUUCACCACUUUUCGUGGGACAGAACUCAGCUUCAUGGUUACCACACAUAGACCCACGAAUUUGGCCCUCCCCAACAAUGGCUCAAUGCACAACUAUUGCCCACAGCAGACUAAGAUUACUUCAGCUUUCAAAUACAUUAACACUGUGAUAUCGUGUACUAUUUUCAUCGUGGGAAUGGUGGGGAAUGCAACCCUGCUCAGGAUCAUUUACCAGAACAAGUGCAUGAGGAAUGGCCCCAACGCACUGAUAGCCAGCCUUGCCCUCGGAGACCUUAUCUAUGUGGUCAUUGAUCUCCCUAUCAAUGUAUUUAAGCUGCUGGCUGGGCGCUGGCCUUUUGAUCACAAUGACUUUGGCGUAUUUCUCUGCAAGUUGUUCCCCUUUUUGCAGAAGUCCUCAGUGGGGAUCACCGUCCUCAAUCUCUGCGCUCUCAGCGUUGACAGGUACAGAGCAGUUGCCUCCUGGAGUCGUGUUCAGGGAAUUGGGAUUCCCUUGGUCACAGCCAUUGAGAUUGUCUCCAUCUGGAUCCUUUCUUUUAUCCUGGCCAUCCCCGAAGCAAUCGGCUUCGUCAUGGUGCCCUUUGAAUACAAGGGUGAACAGCACAAAACCUGUAUGCUCAAUGCCACGUCAAAAUUCAUGGAGUUCUACCAAGAUGUUAAGGACUGGUGGCUGUUUGGGUUCUACUUCUGCAUGCCCCUGGUGUGCACCGCGAUCUUCUACACCCUCAUGACUUGUGAGAUGUUAAACAGAAGGAACGGCAGCCUGAGAAUUGCCCUCAGUGAACACCUGAAACAGCGUCGAGAAGUGGCAAAAACAGUUUUCUGUUUGGUCGUAAUUUUCGCUCUGUGCUGGUUCCCUCUUCAUUUAAGCCGUAUUUUGAAGAAAACCGUGUAUGAUGAAAUGGACACGAACCGAUGUGAAUUACUUAGUUUCUUGCUGCUCAUGGAUUACAUCGGUAUUAACUUGGCAACCAUGAAUUCAUGUAUAAACCCAAUAGCUCUAUAUUUUGUGAGCAAGAAAUUUAAAAAUUGUUUCCAGUCUUGCCUCUGCUGCUGCUGUUACCAGUCCAAGAGUCUGAUGACCUCAGUCCCCAUGAAUGGAACAAGCAUCCAAUGGAAGAACCAUGAACAAAACAACCAUAACACAGAGAGGAGCAGCCACAAGGACAGUAUAAACUAAACAUCUUAAGGAACAUUCAUCAAUAUACUUCAAAUACUAUUGGAGAAAAAAAAAUCAACACAACAACUGCAUCUCCAGAAAUCUCUUCUUCCAUCCUUCUCCCAUGACUCAGUACCACCCCCUGGAAAAAUGUUUUCCAAAACAUUGAAGGGUUGACUGGUUUAUACCCACAAAUUCAACGAAUCUUACUUUGAUUUACCUAAUUUACAUAUUCUGCAUGUUAUAUUCAGCCCUAAAAAAUGUUGGGAGUUGGCGGGGGAAAGGAGAUUGUUCAGUUAAACCAGAAGGAUAUAUACUAUCUUUGCAUGAAAAUAGAGUUUUCAAGUACGUGGCUAGCUUUCAUGGCGGUUCUGUAGAAUGUUCCGUAAGAACUGGUCACCAUGAAAAGCUUAGAAAUUAUAACAAGGUUUUCUAUUUUUUUAAAGUAAUUUUGUUUUUUUGGCCAAACAUGGUAUGGGUUUAAGUCUCUUUUAUUUGAAAUGUCCUUCAGUGCCAGUAUUUUUUAACUGCAUAGUUGCCUAUACAAAUGAUGAUUUGAGCUUAUUUACACAUAUUUUGCCCCCAGAAAAGAAGAAGACAUAAAAUGGACUUCAGGUGAGCAAUUAGGUUAAUGUUUCUCAUGUCACUGGCUUAUUUUUAAAACAUAAAUUCUCAAGCUGCAAGAGCUUACAAGAUCUUAAAGCACAGACCGAUAUCCACAUACGGCAGUUUAAUAGCUGCUAUUCAAACAACUUUUAAGAAUCUGUAUUUUCUUUUUUAAUGGUGUUUCAUUACAGGAGACCUUGUGCAUAUUUUUAUGUUAAAUUUAAAAAUAAUGCUUGAAUGAAAUAGUUCUAUUUUUCAUGAGCCCAAUUUUUUUAAUGGAAGCAUGUUAUGUAAAAUCAAUACCAUAUACUAAAAUUUAAAUGUAUGUGUCAUUUAACUAUGCCCAAGACUUUCAGUGCAAUGCACAGAAGUCCAAAGCACAGCCAGGAGAAAAGGACUGAGUAUUUUUAGAAGAUUUGGAAAUUUUCAUGGAGGUUUAUGUAACAUGUAUACGUGUGUGUAUGUAUGCAAAUGUACAUACAUAUAUACACAUAUAUGUAUGCAAAUCACCUCAUCGUCUCUUGAUUGCUUUUAAAAUGUUAACUGGCAGUAAGACUUUUUUGGUCAUUCCCUUUUUCACAUAGGAAUAUAGGAAACAUAAUUUCAAAGAGGCCAGCUGAGUUUAUCAUGUCAGUGAAAUAUAAUUGCCACCAUGAACUUAAGGUUCUCUGGAUUUCCAGUAUGCACCUAAACACCUCCCUCACCCCAACUCCUCACAUAGUCACCAUUUCAAGAGGCCCACAGUGAUUUCUGCUGGGCGUUUUCCACGAUGUUUACAGACUGUGAGUACAGCAGAAAAUCUUUUACUGUGUGUAUAUAAACAUAUAUAUAUAUAUAAACAACCAUACAGUUCUUUUAGCCAAUUUUUCUGUGAUUGUCUCUAUGGAAGGCACUCGUGGGUGUGGUGUUUGCACGUGGUGGGAUGGUUGUAUGGACUUCACGUAAUCUAAUACUAAUGCCCAGCAGUUGUGCCAAAGCACACACUCUAAGUGGAAUCUAGGUAGAUGUUCCUCUCGACAACCAGCCUCAGUCAGUUUUAAUCUGUCUGUGUUCGUAAAUCUUGAGACAGUGUUACUAUUACAAAUGGAACGUGGCAGGCAGCAUGAAAAAGGACGAGCCACGGGUAGACAAUGGGGUUUUGGUUCGUUGGUUGGUUCAUUAGGAGAAAGCAGUAUUUGGGGUUAUAUUUUUUUCCUGUGCUGGAGCAAAAGUCAUUAACAUUUGAAGUAUUAUAUGGUCCCAGUUCCCAACUCAGCGUGGUGAUGAGACUGACAAGUGGGCAGAUGUUUCUAUCAGGCUUUGCCAGAAAGAUUGCUGAUGAUAAAUGAGCUCAGCCGAUUCUUUGGGCUGUAUUUUAGCACAGUCACGUAUAAAAUGAUAUCAGAUUCCAGCCAUCCAAUGGCAGGGCUCCUUUACGUGUUAGCAGUCAAAUUCCAUUAGCCCACUGGUGUGUCACAUGCAGUGAUAUAUCCCUAUAAUGUAAGCCAUAUGUUCACACCAUUUUGUUUAGACAGAUGUCUUUUUUUAAAGAUGCUUUGUCUCUUGCAUAUUAAAAAUGCAUUUUACAAGUUCAAAAAGUCAUAGAUUUCUGAAUAACCACACAGGCUUCCAUGGGCAUUUUGUUUAUGGACCAGUAAGUGACCGUGGUUGACUAGUAGGAAUAUUUCCAAUUUCUACCUUUAUCACAGCUUUUCAAGUAAAUCUGUAGAA